UUGAAAAUCUUCAAACAAUCGGCUAAGAAAUUUGUUUUCUUUUGCUCUCUAGAAGUUAAGAAAACUAUGAUGUUGGGAGAACCACAACUACAUGGAAUUCAAGGCUUGUUCUAUGGAAACUAUGCCCCUCCUGAUCUCCCACCAGUCCCAAGUCUACGACCCUUGAUUCAAGUUCAUAGCAAGCCUUUUGAGAAACAACUGACAAGUAGUGAUGUGAGGGAUGACCAAUCUAGGCUCUCGAUGAGCAAAGAAGAUGUCGAAAAUCACAUCUUCCCAUUGUUUAAGGACGGCGAAGACCCUAACCAAGGCGUUCAUGUCACAAUUUAUGACAUGGAUGGUAAAGAGUACCCCAUGGUGUUCAAAACUUGGAUGUCCAAGAUUAAUGUCCUCACUGGAGGCUGGAACAGUUUUCGUCAGGAUCGCGGGUUGGUUGAGAAGAUUGAUUUUGUGACAGUGUGGGUUUUUCGGAAUGUGUUGAAUGGGAGCCUUUGCUUCGCCAUCAAUUCAAGAAGGUUUCCGGCAGUGUCCGAAGCCAUCAAGAGAAGAAAAAGGCAGUACCGAGACAGCGGACCGCCGUUACAAGGUCUGUAUAAAUGUUGUCCUUACGAAGGUUUAUUUUAGGGGUUUUUGUUGAUAUUUCUUAUUCUGGCAUAAGGUCCAAUUAUUAGGGUUCUUAUGAUGUUUAGGCAUGCAAAUGUCCAAUUAUUGGUUCAA